GAUACUGGUAGUUCAGGUUGCCUCCAGGUUGGUACCUGCACCCGUAGUUUGGGUGAACUGGCGGUAGCUGCCACUGCAACUGCCACGCAGGUUGAGUAACAAUUGUUAGCAUUUUAAAUCAUACAAAAUCCACCAGGAUGGCCUCCUCAUUUUCAAACUCCUUCUUUACUCUUGAACCGGCCGCAUCAGAGGCAGCAGCCAGCCCAACAACGGAUGAAAGCGGGAGACAAAGCAGUCCUUCGGUCGCCGGGAGUGAGCAAACAACUAAGAGCACCAACACCAACAAGAACAAAAUGUCGUUUUCACCCGCGUCUCACUAUAUCAACGAUGAUGUUUCACACCAAGGUGACCGUCGCCUCUACAAUGACUCGGAACACCCCAGCAGCGACGAGGACGGCGACCAUAUGAUGGGUGAUGACAGAUUCGGAUCACCAGCAACCAUGGCCAAGUCACAGACAACAUCAUCAAAAACGCCAAAGUCGAGGAGGCGGGGUACUGCAACCACUAUCAAGGCACCCAAGCGGGCACGGGCAGCGGGCGGAGGGGCUAAGAAAAGCACGGCCAAGGGAGCAGCAACAAUAGGAGGAGGCGGAACCAGGAAGAAGAUCGACACAUCGGCGGCGAGUCUGCCAGACGAAAUUGACGACGGCGGCAGCCUAGCUGGCAGCCUAGUCGGAGGGCAAGAUGGAGGAGGCAGCGGGAUGAGCGAGUCGGACAGCGGACCGUACUGUAUCUGCGGGGGACCUGACAACCAUCGGUUCAUGAUAGCAUGUGACCGGUGCGAGGACUGGUUCCAUGGCGAGUGUAUCAACAUGGACAAGUACACGGGUGAGAACCUGGUGCAGAGAUAUAUCUGUCCCAGGUGCAGCGUCCCCGGCCGUGGCUUGGUCACUCGGUACAAGAAGAUGUGCUCGCUCGAUAGGUGCAACCAGCCGGCGAAAAUCUACGAGGAUGCCAAAGAGGAGCGCAGCAUUUUCUGCUCGCCGGAACAUUGCAACGCCUGGUGGGAUCAGCUGGUUGCUACGCUGCCACGAACAAGAGAGGUGGGCAUGGACAACUUGACUCGGCAGGAGUUUAUGGGACUUCUAAAUCCUCCAGAGAGAAAGCCAGGCCAUGAAGAUCCGCCAUGGCAUCUUGGGGAUGAACCUUUUGGCGUCCCCCCCAACUUCUGGAAAACCGCCGACCUCAGUGUAGUCCUCACGCCAGAAGAGCGGUCCAUCCUCGACCGCUCCGCCGCCGACCGCUACGCGCUGGGCGAGGAGAUUGGGCUCUGUAAGAAGAUGCUCCAGCUGCUCGACAUGGCGGUGAAGCGGCGGGAGGCGGCCAUCAUGGCGGGGAAGGGCACGGCUAAGGACCUGUGCGGCUACGACACCCGUCUGGACACGGUCGGGGCCAUCCACGCGUUCAGCGUCUUUUUGAAGAGCGACGAGGGAGAGGCGAUUUUUGGGAGGGGACGGUUGGAGGCGCCUUUGGACUUGUUGGCUUUGUUGUCUUCGCAAGUCCAUGUUAAGCACGAGGAUGGAGAAGACGAUGAAGACGACGAAGACGAGGAGGAGGACGAAGAUGAUGGUAGUGUGGAUGGGGUCAGUGGUCCAGGCCGCCACAACGGAAUCAAUGGUGUUGGAACUAAGAUCGAUCCCCUGACGGCGGGCAUGUGCACCAAGAAGAAGUGCAAGCCGCACUCCGGGUGGAUGGGGAUUCUUUCCAAGAAUGUUAAGCACACCAUGAAGGAGCUCGCUGCGGAGGCGAAGGAGAAGUUGGAUACGGAGACGAGGGUUCGCGCUAGUGCGGCGGGGAGGUAUAGGAGGAAGAUGAAGGAGGAUAAUAAGGUGGUGGUGCUUUAUCGCAGUUCGGAUGAGGAGAUGAGUGAUGAGGAUGAGGAGAUGGGUGGUCAGUGAGAGAUAAACGAGGUUGACACUGUCACUUGGAGAGGUCAUUGUUAUCAUUCUUAGUCGUGGAUGUCCAUCUCUAUGGUCGACGGGACUACAGUUAAACACUCUCACCUAUCGAUCGCUUGGAGGUCGAUUAUGGCACAGAUGUCUCAUUAUGGAGGUUCAUGCCCUCUGACCCUUGGCUAGUACAUUCGUAGCAGCAUAACUCAUGAACACAUGUUUUUUACAUGACCAUAGGUAUACAAGAAAGUACAGAGAUAGAAAGAAAAGAGCGAGAAUGCACCUGGCUAAGCCAUGAUAAGCCACGCCAGUUCGUCCAUGAGUGCCCGCUUUUAAUAAAUUCAACGUGAUGGUUUUAGGUAUGCCUCUGCCCUUUGGUAUUGGCGGUGCUGUUUUCCUCCG